CCUGCCAUCCAGAGCUUUCUUCCUUUAGCCAACACAGUUCAGCUCGUUUCUGCCAUAAAAAUCUCCCUGGUGGAAGUAGGACAUCCGACGGCUCAGCAUACAAACCAAAGGCACUCCUGAAUUGGAAGCCAUUCAACGGGCUCUCUGACGACAUGACGAAAUCCAGAACAGCUGAUGAAUCUGUAAAGGACGACAAAAGCAAAAAGUCCAUAUUGCCAAGAAUUUUCAGGAGAAAGGGAAAGAACAAGAGAGGCCCGGAUGGAGAUAUAAUCGCAGAAAAAGAGAUCCUUUUUGAUCUGGAGAGCAGGUACAUGUCCAAGAGAGGUCUUGCGGAGGCAUAUCCGGUAAUAAAGAAAAGCUUUUCAGGCAGAAACAGGAGUUCACGAGUUGGACGUCUGAACCUGUCUGUUCUGGAGAGACCCAGAAUAAAAGGUUUUGAUCGAGGCCAGGAGUAUCGGAUAUUUGUUGGAACAUGGAAUGUUGCAGGAAAGUCUCCAAACAUUGGCCUCGACCUUCAAGAUUUCCUACAAGUAGGAGGAUACUCUGAUAUCUAUGUAUUAGGGUUUCAGGAAAUAGUUCCGUUAAAUGCAGGGAAUGUGUUGGUGAUGGAGGACAACGAGCCUGCUGCCAAAUGGCUUGCUCUCAUCAGUCAAGCCCUCAACGAGCCCCGCGACGAGGUCGACGACUCAAAUGUCUCAAUAUACUAUAAGGAAUCCAGGUCGACGAGCGGCCACUUGUCCCAAAAGUCUUCUUUCAAAGUCCUCAGCAAGAACUACGGUGUCGACAAUCCCCUUGUCAAGACAUGCAACUGUGAAGUUGAGGCCUGCGGCGUCGGACGAAGGACAAGGAAGCCCAGGGAGUUCGUCGACAGCGGCUGCUCAGGCUCGUCGGAGGAGUGCUACUCCAUGUCACGUCACGCGAGCUAUGAAGUCCGAAACAACGGGAAAUACUGCCUCAUCGCGAGCAAGCAAAUGGUGGGCAUCUUCCUCGCCGUAUGGGUCCGAAGCGAGCUCGUGCAACACAUCGGUCAUCUAAGGAUGGCCUCUGUCGGGAGAGGAAUCAUGGGCUGCCUGGGUAACAAGGGUUGCAUUGCGAUGAGCAUGUCGUUGCACCGGACGAGCUUUUGCUUCGUCUGCAGCCACCUGACUUCGGGCGAGAAGGAAGGUGACGAGCUGAAGAGGAACGCGGAUGUUGCUGAGAUCCUUAAGAGCACACAAUUCCCGACGAUUUGCAAGACACCAGAUAGUCAAAUCCCUGAAAAGAUCCUUGACCAUGAUCGCGUGAUAUGGCUCGGUGAUUUGAACUACCGGAUUUCACUGAGCUAUCAUGACGCACGAACAUUACUAGAGGUUAAUGAUUGGGAUGCUCUUCUAGACAAAGACCAGUUGAUGACAGAGCGCGAAGCGGGAAGGGUGUUCGAUGGGUGGAAAGAAGGGAAGAUCUACUUCGCUCCUACAUACAAGUACUGGCACAACUCCGAUGCAUAUGCCGGGGAGAUGACCAAAUCCAAAAGGAAGCGCAGAACACCGGCAUGGUGUGAUAGGAUAUUAUGGUAUGGCAAUGGCAUAGAACAGCUUCAGUACAUAAGAGGAGAGUCGAGAUUCUCUGAUCACAGACCUGUCUGUGCUGUGUUCAAGGCUCGGGUGGACAACAGCAAUAAUGGUAGACACAGAAAGCGCUGCUCCAGUGUGGGUGCGGGGAUCCCCUUGGAUGAGGUCAUGCCUCAAAGGCACAGCUUCUUUGAGUACUAACUAAAAGGCAUUUGUGCUAUGCAACUCGACAUAGUUGUCGAAUAUGAUGUGGUGGAUGGCUUAUAGCUCUUGCUGAUGAUACCAUGCUAACAUGGAUAUCAAGAAGCCUAAUCAUA